AUGCGUGAGAUCAUCAGCAUCAACGUCGGCCAGGCCGGUUGCCAGAUCGCCAACGCCUGCUGGGAGCUCUACUGCCUUGAGCACGGUAUCCAGCCUGAUGGAUACCUGACCGAAGAGCGCAAGGCCGCUGACCCCGACCACGGCUUCAGCACCUUCUUCUCCGAGACCGGACAGGGCAAGUACGUUCCCCGCACUAUUUACGCGGAUUUGGAGCCAAAUGUCGUCGAUGAGGUCCGCACCGGUACCUACCGCAGUCUGUUCCACCCCGAGCAGAUGAUCACCGGAAAGGAGGAUGCUUCCAACAACUAUGCUCGUGGCCACUACACUGUGGGCAAGGAGCUCAUCGACCAGGUCAUGGACAAGGUGCGCAGAGUUGCCGACUCCUGCUCUGGUCUCCAGGGUUUCCUCGUCUUCCACUCCUUUGGCGGUGGUACCGGCUCUGGUUUCGGUGCUCUCCUCAUGGAGCGCCUCUCGGUCGACUAUGGCAAGAAGAGCAAGCUCGAGUUCUGCGUCUACCCUGCUCCUUCGACUGCGACCUCCGUCGUCGAGCCCUACAACUCUAUUCUGACUACACACACCACCCUCGAGCACUCCGACUGCUCUUUCAUGGUCGACAACGAGGCCAUCUACGACAUCUGCCGUCGCAGCCUCGGCCUCGAGCGCCCCAACUAUGAGAACCUGAACCGCCUGAUCGCCCAGGUCGUUUCGUCCAUUACCGCUUCCCUGCGGUUCGAUGGCUCCCUCAACGUCGACCUGAACGAGUUCCAGACCAACCUCGUUCCUUACCCUCGCAUCCACUUCCCUCUGGUUGCUUACUCGCCUAUCGUCUCGGCCGCCAAGGCUGCUCACGAGGCCAACACGGUCCAGGAGAUGACCAUGGCCUGCUUCGAGCCCUUCAACCAGAUGGUCAAGUGCGACCCCCGCCACGGCAAGUACAUGGCCACGUGCUUGCUGUACCGCGGUGACGUCGUCCCCAAGGACGCCCAUGCCGCCGUCGCUACCCUCAAGACCAAGCGCACCAUCCAGUUCGUCGACUGGUGCCCUACUGGUUUCAAGCUCGGUAUCUGCUUCCAGCCUCCUCAGCUGGUGCCCAACGGCGAUCUUGCCAAGGUCGACCGCGCUGUGUGCAUGCUUUCCAACACCACUGCCAUCGCCGAGGCCUGGUCUGCCCUGUCCGCCAAGUUCGACCUCAUGUACUCCAAGCGUGCCUUCGUCCACUGGUACGUCGGUGAGGGUAUGGAGGAGGGUGAGUUCUCCGAGGCUCGUGAGGACUUGGCUGCUCUUGAGCGCGACUACGAGGAGGUUGCUUCCGACUCUCUCGAGGCUGAGGGUGACCUCGAGGCCGAGUACUAG